AUGGGAGAUGCUGAAACAGGCAAGAAGAUCUUUGUUCAGAAAUGUGCUCAGUGCCACACAGUGGAGAAAGGUGGGAAACACAAGACAGGCCCAAAUCUCUGGGGCCUUUUUGGUCGAAAGACAGGACAAGCACCAGGAUUUUCUUACACUGAUGCAAACAAGAACAAAGGUGUUAUCUGGUCAGAAGAAACUUUGAUGGAAUAUUUGGAGAACCCGAAGAAAUACAUCCCUGGCACUAAAAUGAUCUUUGCUGGUAUCAAAAAGAAGAGUGAGAGAGAAGAUCUUAUUCAGUAUUUAAAAGAGGCAACAUCCUCGUGA